UUCAGACCAACUGUUGAGUAUGAGUUUAGUUACAGUAUGAGUUACAGUAUGAGACGCCCAGGCGAAACAGAGCCUCGAGGAAAGAGAAGAACAAACUAAGACACUCAUUCAUCACUUCUGCAGCAGCAAUGUUACAUUUUAUCACAGAAUAUGUGGAUAAACGGUCCCCUUAUUCAUCUUUCAACUGUUCUACCUCUAAUCAUUAACAUCAGUCUCUGUAUAGCAGCUUGUAAUAAUGGAGAGUAUGAAACUAACGGUCAGUGCUGUCCAAUGUGUGAUGCAGCAACUUGAAUGAUAUCUGGAAGUUUCUGGAAUAAUGGUGACUAUCCUACUGUAUCCUUAUUACUUACCAGGGACUGACCAAACCAAAUUGCCAAACACUAAGGUCGCAAGAGAAAAAGUGUCUACGAAUUGUAUGACAAGAAGAGAAAGGACUAUAAAUAAAGAAACAUGACCAGAAUGUUUAUGGGAGAAUAUUUCACACGCUGGCGUGAGCUAAAAGGACAGGUUGGGCUUCCCACGCGAAGUUUCUACUGGAAAGGAAAGCGAGUUUUAAUGCACUGUGAUGAGUUCACAAGCAUAACAUGUAUACCAUGUAUUAAAGACACAUACACUGACUCCUCUAAUGGAUUAUCCAAAUGUCUGCAAUGUUCUGUCUGUGAUUUAAGUAAUGGCCUGAAAGUAAAGAAAGAAUGUACAGUGACAUCAGAUACAGUGUGUGAGCCUCUGCCAGGUCAUUACUGUAAAGAAGUAAAGAGGAAAAACUGUUUAAAUGCCAGAAAGCACAGAACCUGCUCACCUGGACAGUAUAUCAACCAGACCGGAACAGAAUUUCAAAAUACGGAGUGUGCAGACUGCCCUGCUGGUUCAUAUUCAGAUGGUACACUUUGCCAAUUACACACAAACUGUGACUCUCUUGGGAAAAUAACAAUUAAACCAGGAACAGAAAAAGAUGAUGCUAAGUGUAGUGAUAAUGGACCAUCUUAUAUACUGCCUUUGAGUCUUACUUUGUGUGGAGUUACUUUGUUGUGUGUGUUGGCUGUCAUUGUAAUUACCGUAAAGAAGAAAAACUCUUAUCGUCCAGCAGUUCAGGAUCAGCAUGCAAGUUUAUAAAAAAAUAAAUGUUUUUGUAAAGCCCAUAUACAGGGCCGUACGCAGGAUUUUAUAAAUACCGAGGUCCAUAUAAGUAUUUUUCUAGGGCAUGUACCCAGGGGCACCGCUAGCAAUUUUGGGCCCUAUGAAAAAAUAUACCCAUUUCGUACCAAACAUACAAUCCAACCUACUGUAGCUAUUCAAAAUCUUUGUCUGUAAUUUAAUAAUACAGAACUAUUUAUUUUGAUAUUGUUUUGACCACAGUUAUCAGUAUUUAUAGAUACCUAAAAUGUCUGCAGCUAAGAUAAUUUAUUGUGCAAUGCAAAUUUAAUUGAAAAAUACAGUACAUUAAAUCAAAUAUUCAGAGAAAAUGCAACAUUCUUAAAGAUUAAAGAUAAAUGUGACCAUGCCUGUGAAAACCCAGCUGAAGUAUUUCUUUGUGAUUUACUGUUUUCCACAUAAAAUCAUCCUAUAUAAUGUAAAGAACAUUUGUGAAAAUAUAAACUUGAUAUCUUUAAUGUUGACUGAGUAAUGUCAUAGAUAUCAGCGAUUGAAAUCAUAGUGAAAUUAAUGCUUGAAAUUAAACUGUGAUGCUUUUUAUCUCACAAUAAGAUUUGAGGCUUUAGUCUGAUUUUCAGAGAAAGUCUUAGUGACAUACUGUAUACUUGAGCUGUUACACACGAGACAUUGUAACAUUUAAAUAUGGCGAACAACAACAAUGCAUCUUUACUAUGUACAUUCUGCCUGAAAUAAGACUGGGUCAACAAUGCUUGACCAAAGCGGCGUGGUGAGCUUGAACCUGCUUACAUUACGAGGCAUUUUUUGGACCCAACAUUCAAUAAGAAAAUUCAACUGCAGUAGCCACCGUUCAACCUGAAGAGGGCAGCACUCAGACGUUUUUACACCAGUAUUGAAACACUUUAUAUCCAAAUGUCAAAAAACUUACUAAAAUCAAUGAACAGCACUAAUAAAACCCCAUUCUUACAGAUCAUUAACUAAAAAAAGUUGGUUUAGGGUUGAGUUAUUAUUUAAGAAAACAGCUAUACUGUUAUUAAAUGAGACUGUUUUUUAAUCAACGGGGCUCUAAAAUGAAAUGAAUGACAACUAUAGCAGAUUACGACAUAGAUUUCCAUUGAUUUCUUAACCCUGUUGCAAGUUGAGAAGCUUUAAUAUACAUAAUUUGACUAGUUUAGCCUUAGUUGCAUUUCAGUUUUAUCACAACCAACUCGAUUUAAGACUGCAUAAAAAUCCUUUCUUUGCAUAUUGCGUUACAAAACAAAACAGUGUGUAACCGAUCACAUUUCUAGUUUAUGUUAAUUAGCUUAUACGGGCUACGUUAAUUUAAACAGCUUAUAAGGGCUGACUUCGCGUUAGAAUCAUAACACAAAACAGGGAACGUAAAUCCCCUUGUGUUUUUUUAAACUGGGGUGAACAGAGCGAAGACUUUACAGUGGAAAGAAAACUGCAUUGUAUUGCUCCAGCGUCACAUGUGUAAACUGCAUUUAUAGUAAGGAAGUGCACAUAUGCAGAUAUCAUAGCAAAUAGCAGUAAAUACACACACCUUGUUCUCUUCUGAAGUUCACGCGCACUGUGAGACCGUGGAUUGAAGACGGCGCUAAAACGCAGAGUAAAGACGGGGCGGAGCUAAGAGGGCUCAGCUUAAGGGGGUUGCGUGUGCGGCACAGUCCUUGGCUGGGGCCCUCAAAAGUUCAUGGGCCCUUAGAAUCGUCCUAACUUUUCCCCCCUUUACGGCGCCCCUGCAUGUACCCCAGGGAAAAAAAAUCCUAUUUCUCUGCUCUACUUUUUUAUACUUUUUUAUUUUAAUACAUCAGAAAACGAUUUUUUUUAAAUAACUGUAAAAUUCAAACCAUGUCAGUGUGCAGAACACGUGUUGGUUAUUAGGAAUACAUUGUAAUAAUUAUUUUACCAUUCUGGGAACACUGGGCUGUGUCAGUAAAGUAAACAUAGCCUGACUGAAUAUAGGAUAAUUUUAGUGAAUUAACAGAAGGCAUAUCUAAAGAGAAAUAACUUAUUCCUUAUUUUGUUCAAAUGGGAGAUGCAGCAUUAUUUUGUCUUUAUUUUUUCAAAAGUUUAUUUUUUUAAAGUUUGAUAUAAUAAACCAAAUGUUCAACCAAAAACCAUAUAUGUUUUCAUUCAUUUAAGGGUCAAUUUAGCUAAUGAUUAUAAUAAUAAUAGUAAUAAUUAUGGUUUAAUACGGUAUACCGCAAAACCUUCUGAGACAAUAUCAUACCGUGAAAAUCUCAUACCGUUACAACCCUACACCAUGGUUGUGCAUUAUUUUCAAAUAAUUUAAAAAAAGACAUUUGACAGGUGAUAGUUGUUUGAUAGGUUUAACAUUUUUCAACCAAUCAGAAUAAAGCAUUCAACAGUCCAGUGGAAUAAAAACACGCUGAAUAACGGAAAGUGAAUUACUGGAGGGAAUGAAAGCAGCACAUUAAAUUUGGACACCAAUCUGGCUCAGCUGCAGUAAUGUUUCUUGUCUUGUCACCUUAUCAAUCACUACGGUUUCAUAUUUCUUAUCAUUAAACUGCUGUACAAUAGUCAGCUUUUGAUUACUUACAUCUUUCUUGCACUUCCACUAACGGAGGUAUCACACCUCUGUCCUCUGUUUACCUGGUUUGAUUUGAUUGGUCAUCUCGGAAUCAUUUUGACUCAAUGAAGCGCAGUUUUUUGAAUCUGUUUGAUCUGUCAUCAUAAUGAUAGCACUACAUUACUCAGAAUAUUAGUGUAUUCUUUUUUUACCAUACUGUAAUUAUGACUACAGACAUGUUAAAUGUAUUUGUAUGUAUAUUUAAUACUAAUAAAUACUAUUGGUGCUAUGCUA